UACGAGGAGUCUCACUUUACCUUACUCACCCCAAACCUUUCCCUUUUCUACCAAAAUGCAUUUCGCUCGAUGACGUUCCAAUCAAUGCGUCACGCCAUGGUUCAAAUGCAGAGUCUCCAUUCGCAAUCGCAUACUCGCAUCGUUUGAGUCAUAAGAACUAAAGCUUGGAAGUAGUGUGCACCAGUUUCCGAUGAGUACCGCCGGAUACAAAUCAGACGGGGAGUGCUCUGUCAUAAGCUCCAAGGCUGAAAUUCCGUUUCUCGAUUUUGAGGAAGAGAAAUCUGUUUGCAGUUACUUGGCCACUGAAGAGGAUCCCGUAAUCGUAUCCAUUCCGUUUGCAUUUGUGCAGGGGAAGCCGAAAUCAGUAACUGUUGGAGAAACUGCUGUGGAUUUGGUAACCAUUAAUAACACUACUGAUGAACCUGUGCAGCUGUGGAGUGUUCAUAUUUUUGCCUCAAAUCCUACGGACUCUUUCACUCUUUCUCUCAUGGAACCUCCGUCAGUGAAGUCGAAUGCAGAUAGCGAUGAGAGCUUUUUAGAAUUUUGCACUCUGGAGGACAGGAUGCUCCAGCCUCGCGAGGUCCUAAAGAUAUGGUUGUCUUGCAAGACAAAAGAAAUAGGCAUGUACUCAUCAGUUGUGUAUUUUGAUAUUGGAGAUGAAAAAAUAGAAAGGGUGGUUUUCCUCUUAGUUGAAGACAAGAUCUCCAAGUCUUUGACUUCUAACAGGCCCUAUGCAAAAGGAAGGAGAAAAGACAAAUUGGUCGUAGAUACUUUUGUUCCUGGCUCACGUCCUGCAGCAAAGCCACAUCGAAGAUACAUAAAUAGGCUUCCAAAUUAUAACAUUCCCAGGGACAUUAGAGAAUUGCUUGAGAACAAACAGGUCCCUGAAAUUGUUUUCAAUGGUCUUACAAGAAACAAUUAUGCCUCUUAUUUCAAAACAUUAAUAAUGAUGGAAGAGAUACAAUUAGAGGAAUACAUGAGCACUUAUGGCAUGGAAGGCAUAACUUUGAGAAAGAGAGGCAACCAUUUUUUGUCCUUGGAGGUUCCUGGGCUUGCUGAGAGAAGACCAUCACUUGUUCACGGGGAUUUUAUCUAUGCCACGCCGGCGUCUGAACACAAUGCAAACAAAGCUCGCAUCUAUCAGGGAUAUAUCCACCGGGUUGAAGCUGAUGAGGUCUAUUUGAAGUUUGAUCCUGAAUUUCACUUUAUGCAUAGAAAUGAGAAUCUUUAUGAUGUUCACUUCACGUAUAAUAGGCUCAAUAUGAGAAGAGAAUAUCAAGCAGUUGAGGCAGCAGAAACCUUAGGUCCUGACUUCAUUUUCCCCUCCAAAUCAUCCAGAAGGAGGCACAUUAAAACCACAGAUCUGGUUCCCAUAUCUGGUACUUUUAAUGAGGAGCAAGUUUGUUCAAUCAAAAUGAUUCUGGGUUGCAAAGGUGCACCACCAUAUGUGAUUCAUGGACCUCCAGGUACGGGAAAGACUAGGACAAUAGUAGAAGCAAUCCUUCAGCUCUACACACAUCAAAAGGAUGCUCGUAUUCUUGUGUGUGCUGCCUCAAAUAGUGCAGCAGACUAUGUACUGGAAAAACUACUUGCUCAACAGGAUGUUGAAUUUCGUGAAAAUGAAAUAUUCAGGCUCAAUGCAGCCACCAGACCAUAUGAUGAUGUAAAACCUGAACAUAUUCGCUUCUGCUUCUUUGAUGAGUUGGUAUUUAAGUGUCCCCCAUACAAUGCUCUGAUUCAUUAUAGGAUCAUAGUAUCCACAUAUAUGAGUGCUGCUCUUCUUUAUGCUGAAGAUGUUUGUCGCGGUCACUUUUCUCACAUUUUCUUGGAUGAGGCUGCCCAAGCUUCAGAACCUGAAGCCAUGAUCCCUGUUGCUCAUCUCUGCAAAAGGGACACUGUUGUUGUUCUGGCUGGUGACCAAUUGCAGUUGGGUCCUGUGAUAUAUUCAAAAACUGCAGAUGAGUAUGGACUGGGAGUUUCAUACAUGGAACGGUUGUUUGACUGCGAGUUAUACGCUAGUGGAGAUGCCAAUUAUGUAACCAAACUGGUUAGAAACUAUCGAUGUCAUCCAGAGAUUUUAUAUCUCCCUUCAAAGCUGUUUUAUAAUGGGGAAUUGAUGGCAUGUAGAGAUUCUGCAACAUUCAUGGAAAUGGAAGAGCUCCUCCCUAAUAAGGAGUUUCCUGUUCUUUUUGUUGGCAUCCAAGGAUGUGAUGAAAGAGAAGGUAAUAAUCCGUCAUGGUUCAACCGAAUUGAAGCAAGUAAGGUUGUACAAAUUGUCAACAAGCUGAUAGCUGGUGGGAAAAUAAGAGAGGAAGACAUUGGCAUAAUAACGCCAUACAAGCAACAAGUGCUGAAAAUAAAACAGACACUUGAAAAUGAAGGGAUGCCGGAUAUCAAAGUUGGUAGUGUUGAGCAAUUUCAGGGACAAGAAAAGGAGGUGAUAAUCAUAUCAACUGUUCGAUCAACCAUCAAGCACAAUGAGAUUGACAGAGUCCACUGUCUUGGCUUCUUGAGCAAUUUUAGAAGGUUUAAUGUGGCUGUAACCCGUGCUAUCUCAUUACUGGUUAUAAUUGGGAAUCCCCAUAUUAUAUGCAAGGAUGAAAAUUGGGGCCAAAUGUUGUGGCACUGUGUGGACAAUUCAUCUUAUCAGGGUUGUGCUCUUCCUGAAAGGCCGGCGGCACCUUGUGAUAAUGAGUACAAUGGGGAGAACUCUUGCUUAACCUAUAAUGAUGAUAAUGCAUUACCCUCUAACAAUGGAGGAUGGGAUCAACCCUCUAACAAUGGAGAAUGGGAUCAACCCUCUAACAAUGGAGAAUGGGAUCAACCCUCUAACAAUGGACAAUGGGAUCAAGAAGAUCCACCCUACUCUGAGUUCCAUAAACCUGUUACUGAUGAAGCUGAAUGGUCUGAUGGCUGGACAUUAAAUUAGUUCAGUGCCUUGAACUUUUUUUACUCGUAUUUUUUGGUGAUUAGUCUCUGUUGACUUGAACUUAUUAUGUUAAUUUAGAAUGCAGGGGAAAAGGAUAUACUCUUGAUCAUUUCAUUUCUUUCAUCAUGCCUUUAUGUUAAUACUGCACGACAUUGACAUCGGGUUACAAAUACUGCAUAUUUGCAUGUAAGGUUAAAAAGUGCAUAUUAUCUCUUUUUUUCCAUC